GGCGUUUUCUUUCGUUGGGAUUUUUGCUUCGUUUCUGCGAUCAAUCAAUGGAAGAUUACGCUGCCAGCAGCGAUGACGAAUACCGUUACUCCGAUCCGGAGGACUCCGUCGACGCCUUCGAUAACGAUGAUAACGAUUAUCAAUUAGUCUCUUCCAAGGGUCCCUCUACUCAGGUGAUUACGAAGGAGUCAUUGCUAGGUGCAGAGAAGGAGGAUUUGCGCAAGGUGAUGGACAUGCUAUCGGUGAGGGAGCAACAUGCACGUACCCUGCUUAUUUUUCAUCGUUGGGAUGUGGAGAAGUUGUUUGCCGUGUAUGUAGAUAGGGGAAAACAUUUUCUGUUUUCUGAAGCUGGUGUUACAGUGGAUGAACAUCGCGACUCUAAUUCAUCAGCUGCUCCUUUGACAAUAAUGUGCGAAAUUUGCAUAGAGGAUGUUCCUAGUGAUGAAACAACAAAAAUGGACUGCGGUCACUGUUUUUGCAACGGCUGUUGGACAGAGCAUUUUAUUGUCAAGAUAAAUGAGGGUCAAAGUAAGCGCAUCAGAUGCAUGGCACACAAAUGUUAUUCCAUUUGUGAUGAAGCUGUUGUCAUAACUCUUGUCAGCAAAAAGCACCCUGAUAUGGCAGAGAAAUAUGAACGCUUUCUUCUUGAAUCCUAUAUUGAAGACAACAAGAGAGUUAAAUGGUGUCCUAGUACGCCUCAUUGCGGGAAUGCAAUACGUGUUGAGGACGAUGAAUUAUGUGAGGUAGAAUGUUCAUGUGGUUUACAGUUUUGCUUUAGUUGCUUGUCAGAAGCACAUUCCCCGUGCUCAUGUUUGAUGUGGGAGCUUUGGACCAAAAAGUGUCGAGAUGAAUCAGAAACUGUUAAUUGGAUAACAGCUCAUACCAAGCCUUGUCCAAAGUGCCACAAACCGGUCGAGAAAAUUGAUGGUUGUAACUUGGUUAGCUGUAUCUGUGGUCAAGCUUUUUGCUGGUUGUGUGGUGGAGCUACUGGUCGAGAGCAUAGCUGGUCUAGCAUUGCUGGUCAUAGCUGUGGUCGCUAUGAAGAGCAAGAAAAAACAGCUGAACGGGCAAAGAGGGAUCUGUAUCGUUAUAUGCAUUAUCAUAAUCGUUACAAAGCUCACACAGAUUCCUUUAAGCUUGAGAGUAAACUGAAGGACACUAUACAAAAGAAGAUUGCUGUCUCAGAAGAAAAAGAUUCUACGCUAAGGGAUUAUAGUUGGGUAAAUAAUGGGCUCUCUCGACUUUUCAGAUCUAGGCGUGUCCUAUCAUAUUCAUAUGCAUUUGCGUUUUACAUGUUUGGUGACGAGCUAUUUAAGGAAGAAAUGACAGAAGCUGAAAGGGAAAUAAAACAGAAUUUGUUUGAGGAUCAGCAGCAGCAGCUUGAGGCAAACGUUGAAAAGCUCUCCAAAAUUUUGGAGGAACGUUUUCAAACUUUUAAAUAUGAUAAAGUCAUGGAGAUAAGGAUGCAGAUAAUCAAUCUGACCACUAUCAUUGACAAACUUUGUCAAAAAAUGUAUGAGUAUAUUGAGAAUGAUUUACUGGGUUCUCUCCAUAUUGGUGUUCACAACAUUGCUCCAUACAAGUCAAAGGGGAUCGACAAGGCAUCAGAACUUUCAGUUCACAACAUUGCUCCAUAA